UAUAAACUCAAAAUUGAUGAAAAUUAUUACCAUAUUUGCUUUAUUACUGGCAUUUAGCUAUGCAGAAGGAGAGUGCCAAGUUUUUAAAUGUCAUAGUAUUGAACAACAGGAUGGCAUUCAACUGUGAGCUCAGCAAACUGAAGGUGAACAAAAUGAACCUGAUUUCUUUGGAGUGGAGAGAUGUUCUCCAGACCAAUUUUGUCAAGCACAAAAAUGGGAGUCUCCUGAAGAUGUCCUGCCUGAUACUUCGCUCAGUUGUGGAGAUACUAGUACUAGGAAUUUUCCUCCUAGUUUAGAGUCGAUGAAUGGACAAGCUCUUGAUGGAGAUCAUUGAGAACAAGAUUCGCAUUGCUUUAAGACAGAGGAUAAUGCAGCUACUUGAGAAGCAGGGGUCUGCAGAGCUUCAACUAAACCAGGAGAUCUAUGUUCUGGAAACUCAAGAAAUUGACCAAAAGGAUACUUCUGUAAUAUUGAUAAUAUAUGUGCUGAAUCUUUGCUCAAAGGAGCAAUAUGUACGAGACAUAGAGAAUGUGCAAGGAAUCAUGCUUGCAUCAAAGUUAAGGGAGAGCAAGACUUUGUUUGCACAGAGUAUGGCACCUUAUCCAACGGAGUCUUAUUCACCGAACAUUCUGAAGACAGUUUUAAAAACCCAAAAAGUUUAUUGAAAAAUACUUUGAUUUCAAUACCUGAUGCUGUUGGAGAGAUGCAAGGUCCAUUUGUUUGCAAAAGCUUGGCAAUGAUGAGAGUAGAUGGGUAUCACCAGUGUAGGUCUAAUCAAAGAAAUGUUGAUCAGACUUAUAUGGUAGACUCUCUUGACCAAUCUUGCAAAGUUCAAAUAUUUGCAAGAGAUGGAGCUGAAAACUAUGACAAACCAAUUAUAAUAGAAACAACUCCUAGAUGCGGGUUUAACAAAAACACAAGUGCUGUUUGCCCUCUUCAGCCAGGAGAUAACUACGCUAUGGACUUAUUCUAUGACUCAUUCAUGUCAAUCGGCCGUAUGGAUUGCCAUAGACUCUCAAAUAGUAUUCCAUUCGAAAAUGGAAGGAAUUGUAAGGAAGUAUGGAAUGUGAGAGAUAGCCAACUUGUAUUCAAAUUGUUGAGAUUUUAUCAGAUUACUCUUUUCCAUCAUAUGUGGGCCAACACUGCAGCGAACGAGAAAUGCGUAGCUCAGACUAUCACUUAUAAUCUGUGGAAUGGAAUGGAAGAUGGGCUAUUAGAUUAAAUCCU